UGUUUUUGGUUAACAAAGAAAUUUAUUGACCUUGGCCUAAGUAAUGAAACAGAAAUUAUCAUCGUGUCUUUAUUGAAAUAUAAGUCAAUUAUAUUGAUCGCUUGAAUUAAUGUGUAUGAAAGUUACUGUGUUCAAAAUGAUUCAUAUUUAAUAUAAUUAAAAUUUUUUAAUGAUAGUAUAUAAUAUAAAAAAAUACUGCUAAUAUUACAUAGAUCUCGAUUUCUCCUGUGAAGUGUGACGAAGGCCAAAACAGCUGUUCUGCUGUUGGAUGGUUAAUUUGACAGGGAAGUCGAAGGAUAAAACGAAUGUUUUAUCUAGAUUUAACCCUCUUAAAUGAUAUCGCGAAUAUUCCGUGGCGAAAAUGAAAAUGUCGCAGUCAAGAGAAAACGGCAAAUCGACACCCUGAAAAUUUUUAACGACAAUGUAGUAGAAUUAAGAGAAGAUGUGGAAUAUCAAGUACAAUUCAAUGCUAGGGAAAGGAGAAUGGCUAUUAUGGUUUCUUUGUCACCGGAGUUUCCGUUGGAAAAACCAGUGCUCAGGGUCUCUCCACCCAUAAAUCAUCCUUGGUGUAAUGAACAUAGUGAAAUCACAAGCGCACCAGGACUACUUAAUUUUACAGUGCACAGUGAUCUUGGUCGUGUUGUUCAAGCUAUCAUUAGAGAAUUUAGUAAAAAUCCUCCACAACUGUUAGAAGACAUUUCUCCUGGAUCUGUGAAAUCUCAUAGAGAUUCACAAGAAAGAAAUUCUCCAUCUUAUUCCUUACAACAAUAUCCAGAAAUUCCACCAACAUCAUACAAUUCUUAUUAUACCACUCAAUAUCCACAGUAUUCAUCUGCUAGUGCAAAUACUUGUAUUUAUAAUUACAAUCAUACGAAUUCGAGUACCGCGUAUGUGACAGACAGUCAUACAAAAUUCGGUUCUCCAUCGCAACAUUCAGCAUAUAUUGCGUGUUCGAGAAGUGGUACAGAUGCAUCAGGUUAUAAUUCAAAUCAACCUGGAACAUAUUUGAAUUCGCAUUACGUGAACGCGAAUUAUCAUCAACAAUCAUUGCCGAAUCAAACGCAAACUAAGCUACGACAGAGUGUAGUGUUUCCAGAAUUAAAUAAUUUAACUAACGAGGAAUUGAGACAAUUGAAUGAAGAUAAUGAUAAAUUAGAUGAAUUCCUGGAUAAACAUUCCGAUUUAAAAGACAUUAACACCGCUAUCGAUGAUGCAAUAGAUUGGGUCCAAAAAACUGCCGAGGCUAAUAUAGCCAAAGAACCCGAGCUUAAAGAAUUGCAGUCUGACGUAGCAAAUAAAAUUCAGAUCGUUACUGCACUAAAAACUAGAUACGAUCAACUAAUACAACGAUAUAACAAAUUAUCUGAAGCAUUUAUUCCGGAUCAUAUAAAAGAAUGUUUGAGGAAAGCAGCAGAUGAAAGUCAUGAGGAAAGUGAACGAAUUGCUGAGAAUUUCUUAAAUAGAAAAAUAGAUGUUGAACGUUUUCUUAGCACUUAUAUCGAAUGUAGGAAGUUGGGUCAAGCAAGAAGAACUAAAGAGGAAAAAUUAGCACAUCAGUUAAAUGAAUUGAAACGAGCGGGUUAUUAAAAUCAUGUAUAAUCUUAUCUUUUUCUAUGAAUUGAACAAACUGUAAAUAAUGCCUAGUUCAAUUAAACUGUGAAUUUGAAUAGCAUUCGUGUUUAUCAAGUAUCUAUGCGGUAAAAAUACUCGCUGGCAGAGAACAUUUUUAUAACGUAUUAUUACGUUGCAAAGUUACGUCAUUGCUUGUUAUAUUAAAAUUAAUUAGAUUAUGUGGCAUUCUGGAUGAAAAAUUUAAGUUAUAUAAUAUGUACGAAUUAAUUGAAAUUAUCUAUGGCAAGAAAUUAAUUAAAUAUAUGUAAAAAAAAUAUUAAAAACCAAAGGCGCUGGUUCAAGCCGAUAAACAACUAUAUAUAAUUUGAAUUAAUUUAAAAUGUACUUAUUUUUUCAUACAGAAAGUGUUUUUUAAAUGAAUUUAAGUAUAUUGCUAUUGCAUUGUGACAUACUACAAUUGCAAUUAAUAUCACUCUGACAGGAACUUUUUUUUACUAUGUAAAUAAAUAUGCGAGAAUAUGAUUAAAUCAAUUUUUCAAAGUUUGCUAUUUAGUGAUGUUAAUCUGAUUACUUAUCCUACGAAUGUUCCUAAUUGUAAUAUAUUAAUAAUUAAUAAUUAAUAAUUGUAUAGAUACGCGAAGUCUGAAAUGAGAAAAUGUUUUUUUUUUAAACAGUGUGGCGUGUGUAAUUUUUUAGGAAAUGUUCAUAAUUAUUAUCUAAAAGCACAGCUAAAUUCUGGUAAAAAAGAAACAAAGCUUUGCGUUGAACGAUAUAAAUUAAAAUGUAAAUAUAUUUGUGUAGAAAUCGUAAGUUGUAAAUAACAUAAAAAACAAGUUUUUAAUAAUAAUAAAAUAAAAAGGGACGUAACAAUAUGACCUGAUUUACUAGUGAUUGUUAUAUGGUAUUUUCAAAAUGAUAAAUACAAAUGCAAGUUAACAUUUUAUUUCUAUACAAACACUUACGAUUACUAACUGUUUCACACUUAUAUUUUUUCUAUAUUAAAAAAAUAACAUCGA